CCCAGCGAUGGGAAAGCGUGUGGAAAAGCGACGGGGAAAUUUGGGGAGAUGUGGAUGGCUUCUCGUCCUGCCAUUGGCCACUAUCCUUAGCCUCUCUGCGUCGGCGCAGACUGUGACGUCACCGUCCAUUUCGAAGGACGACACUUUGGGGGAUGCUGCGGUGCCAUCGCAGUCAGUAGCCAAAAUCCUUGAAGACGACCGAACCAUCAGCGCAGUUCAGGAUUGGAGUUUGCUGUGUAAAGAGCUCUGCGGAGCUGGCCUGGGCGUUGCCAAAACGCCUGAUGGGGCCAAGAGCACGAUCCUGAGGCCGGAGUUCGAUGUGGCCAAGUGCCGGCAACUGUGUGGACUGCCAAGGGGUGGCGUGGGCGACUUGGUGUGCUCGAGCUUCUGCGGGCAACGAGGUCGCUCCCUGCCCGGCUGCAGUCCCUGCCAGCAGGAGGUGCGCAGGACGCAGGAGGAGGAGAAGGAGAAGGAUAUGGAGAAACAGAAGGAUAUCAUCAUUCAUAAUGAGCGAAUGGAGGAGGCCAGUGGAGUGCCAGCACACGGCCCCGGAUCCCUGCAGCGGUCGGUGGAAUCGUCAUCCGCAACUCCCAUAGUAGCCGGGUCGGAUGCGGAUCCGACCACCGAUUCUCCGGACUGGGACGAAGUGUGCAAGGUGCUCUGCAAGACUGGCGAUGGCGGGUCUUUGUGCAACUGUGAUUUAUCGCCGUUCUUCAGCUGAGCGGUCCCCACCUUCCUGAGGGGAUCGCUCCCGAUGGAGGCGCUAAAUCACAAACCCAUUAUAUAUAGAUCGAGAAUUUUAUGCAGUUACGAACGUUUUGUUGCUCUUCGGUUUUUGACAUUCAGUUAGUGCUAGUGUUUUUCUUCAUAAUGUAUGCUACAAAUAUUCCAUAACCGAAUACUUGUUGCGAAAGUUUAGUUCAAUACUGUAAAGAUAAAACAUAAAAAACUAUAGGAAAAUCAAAAAAAAAAAAAAUAUAAGAAGAAGAGUAUUCUUCUUGAGAUGAAGAAUAUAUAUGUACGAGGAGGAGGAGGAGAGAAGCAAAUAUUCCCUAUGCGAAUCAAUUAAUUUGUAACUAAUUUCAAUUAAAAAUGUAACUAUAGAAAGCUAUCGUGUAAGCGAAGGGGUAACUCCCCUCGGAAAACAGCAGAAUCACAAAGGGCUUCCAGUGCGCCGUUCCGGAGGAUGUGGAUCCUGUCGAAAGGGGAUCCUGCUACCUCCGGACGGACACAACCCGUAAUUAGGUGAUGAUCAAGCUUCACUGGCUUGACGGAGCAACAGGAGAAGAACUUAAUCGACAACCAACUAAUAUCAAAGUACACAACAUAUCGUGGUUAACACAACCCAAAAUCCCAAAAAAAUCACUUUUAUUUUUCGAUGGAAUCAGCAUAUCAAUUGAACACGAACACCGGAGGCAAAAACAAAAAAACAAGUUGGUAUCCAAAGAAUUUCCUUUGUUUUGGCUUACAAGUUAUUGGCGAAUCAAAAGCGUUGAGAUAUUUCAAAAAUCAGCAUCAAUUAUGAGUGUCGCAAUUAGGCCACAAUAAAACCAAGAGUUUAGUGUUGGUUAACGGCCCAUUAACAAUUUAAAAUAUACAUGUACUUACUAACGAAUGUAAUUGGUCUAUAUAUAUAUAUCCACACAAUGAGUUGCGAUUGCAAAUCAGAAGCUCAGACGGGCCAAUCUGGAUUUACCAGACCCGUAUAUACAUAUAUAUAUAUAUACAUAUAUGAACUUUAAACCUUAGUUAUCAUAAUAUCUAGGUGUCAUAUUGUUCAGCAUAAUUAAUCGCAUAUGAGCUAUCAUAUGGAUAUUAUCUGUGUGUUUGGAAGACAUUUUUUCGCAUUGUAUGAAAUGGAAGACAAUUUCAGCAAAUCGCAUUCUGGAAGACAUGCGUUUCGGCAGCGGCAACAAGAUCGGCCAACUGCAAUUAGUCAAUAAGAUAUUCUAUAGCAAAAAAAAGAUAAUAAUGCACCAUUUUCGAUUUGGAACUCGAAGAUAUAGUCAAUACACAAGCACACGUUGUUGUGACAAACGCGACGCUGUGACUGACAAUAAUUAACUAUAACUUAGGAGGAGAACAGCAGGCAAGGAAGUUCGCAUACUCAGUGUCUAUAUACCAGUACUAUUGCUAAUAUUAACCGCGCACUUAUCAAAAUAUUAACAAAAACAAAAUAUAUAUAUAUAUAUGUAUUGCACCAAUGUUAUUGAAAGUAAUAUCGAAAUGUUUAAGGCAAUUUUCAGAGCACAUUCAUUGAUAACCUAAUGCGGCUUCAGUAUGUAUAUCGAUGUGUAGCAAGUUAAUCACUCAGUAAUAAUAUACGAAAAAUGCACUUUACAUUUAUGUAUAUGUAUAUGUGUUAGACGUUGCGUUUCUGCCAUGAAUACAGCGGCUAACGGGCCGAUCAGACGGAUUAUGCCGGAAUAAUAUCCAUAAUAUUUAUAACCAACAGACACAUCAUCAUCAAUUACGAUAACCGAGUCGAAAACCGUUUCGAACCGAUUAUACCGUUUCGCAGUUUCGUUUUCUUCAGUUUUAACUUAUGCUAUGACCGAGCAGGCAUUAUAAAAAACCGGUAAUGUCCGCGUCAUAGUAAAAAUACACUCGAAAAUAGAUUUAAAGCCAGUUUCACAACAAAUAACCAAGAAAACUACUACACAACCAAAUAAAGGCAAUUAUUAUCUUAUAUACGUUAAAUGUUGUAAAGCCCCUCUAAACAAAAAAGGCAAA